AUGGAUAAAUCUUGGAUAACUAAGCCCCGAAAUACAGUUGAAUACUUAAUUGGUUUGCAAAAAUUCUUAGAUUUUGCUUUUGAGAAUGGGGCCUCUGGAGACACAAUUCGAUGUCCAUGCCCCAAAUGUGGGUUUGUGAAAUGGCAAGCUAGAGGCAUAGUUGAGGAGCACUUGAUUUUAAAACAAUUUCCCAUAAAUUAUGUUAUUUGGAAUCUUCAUGGUGAGAGGCAAAGACAAGAUAUUUCUAGAAAUGAAGAUGAGUCACAAGAGACAUUUCAUUUUGAAAAUCCAAUGGAAACAAUGAUAAAUGAAGCAUUUGGACAUUAUAGGCAAGAAGGUACUAAUAUAGGCAGAUCACAACCAUUGGGUGAAGAUGAUGUUAUUAAUGAAAGGCCAAGGGAGAAUCAUAAUGAAUUUAAUGAGUUUCUCAAUGACGGAAAUCAAAUAUUGUGUGACGGGAGCAAGUACACAAAAUUAGAGUUUGUAAUCAAAUUAUAUCAUAUCAAGGUUUUGUGUGGAUUAAGUGACAAGGCAAUGACUAUGAUCCUAGAUUUGCUAAGAGAUGCAUUUAGUGAAGCAAAGUUGCCUCUUUCUUUUUAUGAGGCUAAGAAAAUCAUCAACAAACUUGGUCUUAACUAUACCAAAAUAGAUGCAUGUCCAAAUCAUUGUAUGUUAUAUUUAAGAGAUGAUGAAAAGGAUUUGCAAACAUGCAAACAUUGUGGUACAUCUAGAUGGAACCCAAAGAAGAAAAAAAAACAACCUGCAAAAGUUUUACGUUACUUUCCUUUGAAACCAAGAUUGCAAAGAUUGUUUAUGUGCUCUAAGACUGCAGAACAUAUGAGAUGGCAUUCUUCAGAGAACAAGGAUGGAGUUAUAAGGCAUCCAAGGGAUGGUGAGGCAUGGAAGACAUUUAGUGUAAUGCAUCCUGAAUUUGCUUUAGAUCCUCGAAAUGUUCGCUUAGGCCUUGCUAGUGAUGGUUUUAAUCCUUUUGGCACUAUGAGUUCUACUUAUAGUAUUUGGCCAGUGUUUUUAAUUCCAUACAAUCUUCCACCUUGGCUUUGUAUGAAGCACACUUCAUUGAUCCUAUCCAUGAUCAUUCCAGGUAAGCAGAUGCCUGGAAAUAGUAUUGAUGUGUACUUACAACCCCUUGUGGAUGAGUUACGUGAGCUAUGGAAUGAUGGGGUGGAGACCUUUGAUUCUUCAUUGAAUGAAACUUUUAGAAUGCGAGCAGCUCUUAUGUGGACAAUUAGUGACUUUCCUGGCCUUGGUAUUUUAUCUGGUUGGAACACACACACAGGUUUAGCUUGCCCUACUUGUAACUUUGAUGCAGAACCUUGUCGUGUUCCUCAUAGUAGGAAGUGGUGUUUUAUGGGACAUCGUCGCUUUUUAAGUAGAAACCAUAGAUUUAGAUUGAAUCGUGUUCGCUUUGAUGGAAGCACUGAAGAACGAAAUCCACCACUAAAAUUAUCAGGAUCUGACAUUUUUAGGCAAGUGGAAAAUAUUAAUGUUACAUUUGGGAGAGGAAUUCAUUUGGAUGGUAAAGGAAAAAGAUGCAGACAAGAAGUUAAACAGUGGAAUAAGAGAAGCAUUUUUUUUGAACUUCCAUAUUGGGAGUCUAAUUUGUUACGUCACAAUUUAGACUUCAUGCACAUUGAAAAGAAUGUAUUUGACAAUUUAAUCUAUACUUUGUUGAAUGAAAAGCCUAAAUCCAAAGACAAUCUUAAUGCAAGGAAAGAUUUGAAGGAAAUGGGCAUAAGACAGGAUCUUUGGCCAGAUGAUAAUGGAAGAUACCACCUUGCUUUGUUUUCACUAACUCGUGAUACCAAAAGGUUGUUCCUCAAAACUUUGAAAAAUGUUUUAGUACCUGAUGGUUACUCAAGUAACAUUUCUAGAUGUGUUGAUGAUGUUCAACAUAAAAUAUCAGGACUAAAAAGUCACGAUUGCCAUAUUAUAAUGGAGCAAUUACUUCCGUUGGCAAUACGUAAUUUGUUACCAAACCAUGUCACUGCAACCUUGGUGGAGUUUUGCUCAUUUUUUAAGGCCCUUUGUAGUAAAAGCUUAAAUCUUGAAGACCUUGAAAUGCUUCAAAAUCGUAUUGUGGUUACACUUUGCCACUUAGAAAUGUUAUUCCCACCAUCAUUCUUCACAGUUAUGGUUCAUUUAAUUGUUCAUUUGGUAGAGGAAGCAAAGCUUGGAGGUCCAGUUCAUUAUCGAUAUAUGUAUCCUAUAGAGAGGUAA